AGUACAAGCUCUACAAAAGGCAAGGCUUUAGCAAGCAAGUAAAAAACACCUAAAAGGCAGGUGACUGAGAUGGACAACGAGUUGCCAUCAGGGAGCGGAAUAACAGUAAGUCCGGUUAAAAAACGUGGUAAAGUUACGAAGGCUACUACGAAACCUCGCACAACCACAGGCACAGUUAAGAAAAAUACUGCAAAGAAUCAGCUUGACCAGUCAGAGUUACUUAAAACUCUAUUUAAAGGUUUGUCGGAUACUCUGGUAUCCACAUUGAGUCAGAAUAAUGAAAAGUCACAAAGACCAAGUAGUAAUAUUGACAUUGAAUUUUCUGAGAAUGAGUCUGUAGCCGACGAGCAGGUGAUUGACACCAAUUACAAUAUUUUUUCUGAUGAAGAGAAUGAACCUCAAGUUGUUGCAUCAGAUGAUGAAUUUGAUUAUGAACUACCUAAGAUUUUUGAAGAUGAUGAAAAAUACGAUGAAGAGGUAAGCCAAUCAUUGGCUAAAGUAUUUGACAAUAUAUGUAAAAAGAAAUCUGAUGUGUCAGUAAUGACGAGAGAGAUGAAGAUACCUGUUAAUUGUAAAAGUCUGGUAACACCCCCAGUUAAUGCUGAGAUAUGGCAAUUCCUUGAAAGAAAAGCUAAAACUGCUGAUUUGAAUCUGCAAACUAUACAAAAAUCGCUGGGUUGUGGUAUGGUACCAUUGAUAAGAGUGGCUGAAAUUCUGAAAUCCAAAACUCCAGAUGUAAAACUAAUGAGAGAAAAUAUUUCUAAAGCUUUGGCUAUUUUAAGCAAUACUCACUUUGAGCUAUCAAUUAAAAGACGGAUGUCUUUAAAGCCACACAUAGACAAGAAAUACCACCAACUUUGCAAUCGCAAUGAAGAUGUAGGUUCUAGCCUUUUUGGAGAUGAAGUUGGCAAGCGAUUGAAAGAUAUCAAUGAAAUUAACAAAAUAAACAAGAACAUUACUAGUAGCUAUAGUAGAAAUUCAAAUUACAGAGGAAGUUUCAGGGGAAGAAGCCGUUUUUUAGGCAGAAGGGGCUAUCAGCCGAGACAAAGUUAUCAGAGCCCACGGGGUCAAUUGAGAGGAAACAGACCCAACACCUUCAAUCAGAAAAGAAGAUUUUAAAGGUGAGAAAUAAAAGUAUAAAUAUUAAAAGAAAGUCGGGUAAACUGAAAAAAUUUAUUUCAAAUUGGAAAUAUUUAACCAAAGACAAUUGGAUUAUUUCUACAAUUAAGGGAUAUAAGAUAGAAUUUGAUAGAAAGCCAAUUCAGGAAAAAAUUCCAUUUCCUAUAAAAUUUAACAAUAAGGAAAAGGCCCUUAUUGACAAAGAAAUAGUUGAUAUGCUUGAGAAAGGUGCUAUCAAAGAAUCUUUUGAUGAAUCAGAACAAUUUAUUUCAAAUAUAUUUCUAGUAAAAAAGAAAAAUGGAAAAUUUAGGCCAGUCAUUAAUUUGAAACCAUUGAAUCAAUUUAUUAGCUAUCACCAUUUUAAACAAGAAACGCUAGAUUUGAUUUUAAAAGGAAUUUCUAAAAAUAGCUUUUUUACAUCUUUGGAUUUGACAGAUGCAUAUUUUUCCAUUUCAAUCUAUGAAUCAGACAGAAAAUAUUUAAAAUUCAUAUGGAAUGAAAAAUUAUAUGAAUUUCAAUGUCUACCAUUCGGUAUUGCUUCUGCUCCAAGAGUAUUUACAAAAAUACUGAAAGUAAUAUUUUCACAUAUUCGGAGCAUGGGUAUUGAUUCAUAUUUUUACAUUGAUGAUUCCCUGUUGCAAGCAGAAAACUUUGAUUUGGCAAUCCAAAAUAAAGAAAGGGUUAAAACUUUUAUAGAGUCAGUUGGGUUUGACAUCAAUAUUGAAAAAUCAGUUUUUAUUCCAACCAAUAGAAUUAUAUUUUUGGGAUAUAUUAUAGAUUCAGUACUAUUUAAGGUAUUUUUACCAGAGGAGAAAGUACAGAAUAUAAUUGAACUAUCAAAGAAAAUGCUUAAAGCUCACAAAGUAUCAAUUAGAAGUCUAGCACAAUUAACAGGACUUUAUUCAUCUGCACAUUAUGCAGUACA